AUGGUAAGGAUUAAGUUUUGUUGAUGAUGGUAAAGCCCGGUCCACCCCUCCAGCACAAUCAAGUCGCUUCGGCUGGUGGUGCUGUUGAAACUGGAAGAAUCCAAGCGAUUUGCCUCUUGGGAUCUACGCAUCUGAGUUCGCGGCAUAGAUAAAAUCUCGGCGGUGGACGAAAUACACAUUGGGCGAUGGCUAGAGCUGGAGGAAUUACUAACGCCGUAAACGUAGGGAUAGCGGUUCAAGCUGAUUGGGAGAACCGCGAGUUCAUAUCUCAUAUUUCAAUUAAUAUUCGUCGUCUCUUUGAUUUUCUCGUCCAUUUUGAGGCAACAACAAAGAGCAAGUUGGCAUCUUUGAACGAGAAGCUCGAUACGCUGGAGCGGCGGCUUGAAAUGCUUGAAGUCCAAGUCAGUACUGCAUCUGCUAAUCCAUCUCUUUUUACCACUUAAAUGUUUACUCCACCUUGUAUAAAAAGAGAUAGCCCCCUUGUAUCUUUUAUCUUGUUUUCGUUGGUGCAAGCAAAAUAUUAGGAUCUUCCGAUCUUGUGUAACCCAGUUUAUGAGUUCAAAUUGAUAGUAAAGCCAUAUCUGUCUGGUGCUCGUGCUUUUAUGCUGAUCUACUUGAAUUCAGAUAUAUGUUGUGUGCUUAGACUAAGAAUAUUUACUAUUAUGAUAAGAGGGAAAAGUAUAUUUGAUGUCAA